AUGCAUUCAGAGUGCCGUUCGGAUUGCCGCGCUACUGUAGCGCCUCCGAAAUGUUUGUUGAGAGGCGUGUUGAUAGCUUUUAUGCUGUUAUUCGCAAGAGGAGUGCAUCUGCGCUUCAGAGGUUACGAACUAGCUCGAACGGCAUUCUGUGUGCACUGGCUGACCGUUGAGACUCGGAAAUACUGCGCCACUGGAUACGGAUACAUGCUGUCUAAGAAUGACGAUUAUUGUUUUUGUAUUACAGAAUUUGAAAUGAAUGAAGCGCCUUUUGAUUGGUUGAUUAUGGCCAAAUCAAUAAAAGGUCUUAAGGCUUUAAGUGAAUCGCUAAACGCAAUUAAUGUACGAUUUGAUCAGAAUAUUGUUGUAGCUUUUCCUGAUCAUGGGUGGCGAAAGAAAGGAAAUCUGGAUAUUUAUGUUAUUCAAGUUUUUAAAAUGCGACUGAAUUCAACUCUAUUAGUGGCUUUUUUAGGUGAAUGGAAUCAAAAGCAAUCGAUGCGUUCUGUCAACGCUCCUUAUCCAGUUGAGGCUCGCAACUUGAUGGGCGAGAUUUUUAUCGUUGGUAGAUGUAAUUCUUCUAAGGACGGCUCAACUGUAUCUGACGAAGAGGCUUCUUCAACACCAGAAUUAUUAGAUAACGUUUUGGACUUUCUGACGCAGCGCUUAAAUGCAACAUCACUAUCUCGAUACUACGUUAAACUGGGUUACCGGUCAUAUGAAGGCGCUUGGACUGGACUUCUCGGGGCCCUGAUGGAACACUCAGUGGAUAUAGCUCUCGAGCCAGUAACUGCUGUAACAUCGCGACAAUCUGAUAUGGAUUUCAUAUUUCCCAUUACAAGAACAAUGUGCAACAUAUAUAUUCGUCACCAAGAAACGUCUGCUGUACGGGAUAUUUUCUUAGCUCCAUUCAGCCCUCAAUUAAUAGCCUGUGCCGUUUGUGUGGCUUUGGUAGCUUCCAUAACAAUGAUGAUAAUAAGCAAAACAUGUCUUACGGCUAGAUAUAUGAGCUUUACUGAUGCUAUUAUUUGGUCCAUGGGUAUUCUCUGUCAGCAAGGUAGUUCUUGGAGACCAAGUAAUGCAGCGGCGAGUGUUGUAUUAAUAGUCAGUUUAUUAUUCGCAUUGGUGAUAUAUAAUGCAUACGCUGCAUUUAUAACGUCUGUGCUCUCGGUUCGCGUCGCUACUGUAGCGUCGUUAGCAGACGUACUGCAGUCAUCUAACAUAAAAAUCGGAUACGUGAGAAAUGGAGCCGACCAAAUGUAUUUAAUGUCAACAAAAGAUGUACAGCUUAACGCAUUCUAUAUCCGUGGUUAUUCUGAAGCCGAGAACUUAGUGUCGUCAACCGAGGAAGGAUUAGUUCGCGCUGCGAUUCAAGAUUAUGCAUUUUUUUCAGGCCAGCGAGCGGCUCGAACUACUAUUCGGUCUUUGAGCCAAGCGCGUGGUCGUUGUGCGCUACGUGAGUUGCCAGUGUUGUCGACGCGUGCGCAGGUGGCUUUUCCUCUUCCUAGUGGCUCGCCAUAUGCAAGACCUGUGCUUAUUAGUUUACUACAGUUACGAAGCGGAGGUAUUUUAGCACGGCUCGAGGCAGCUUUGGUUCCGAGUAUGCCCCAGUGUGAACCAUCUUCAGGUUUCGCUUCCGCCCGCGCUGCUGACGUUAAGACAGCACUCUUUGUCAUCCUUACAGGAUACGUUAUUGCGAUUCUUAUAGGUAUCGCUGAAUAUUUGUGGGAAAAUCGAAAGGAUAUAAAACGACACUUGAGGCGACGCUGGCGACAGAUUUUCAAUUCUAAAGAUCACAUUGUCAACAAAAAUUCAUCUCUUCAAUAG